AUGAAGAUGGCAACGACAUCAUGGGUCGGCUUUAUGCUUCUCGCCACGCUGUCGAUCACGGGCCACAUGGCAGAGGGGCUCGGCGUGAACUGGGGAACCCAGGCUGCCCAAAACCUGAACCCUGGUGUUGUUGCCCAACUUCUCCGAGACAACAAGAUUAAUAAGGUCAAAUUGUUCGAUUCAGAUGCUUGGACCGUUAACUUUUUCAAAGGGAUGGACAUUGAGGUCAUGCUCGGCAUCCCGAACAAUCAGUUGAGUUCUCUGGCUCGCGAUUACGACAAGGCAAAGGAUUGGGUCAAGAACCAUGUGGCCAAGCAUUUGUACAAUGGUGGUGUUAACAUCAAAUACGUCGCGGUCGGAAACGAACCGUUCCUUAAAGCCUACAACGGCCUCUACCAAAACCCGGAUUUCCCCAUCGAGUUUGCCUUCUUUGACGGUGGGGCCACGCCAGUCGAGGACGAUGGAAUCACCUACACAAACAUGCUCGACGCCAACUUGGACACGCUCGUGUGGGCGCUCAAGAAGGCUGGGGCCCCCAAGGUGAGGAUCACCAUAGGAGAGAUAGGGUGGCCCACGGACGGGCACACCCAAGCGAAUGUGAAGAUGGCAAAGAGAUUCUACCAAGGGUUUCUUAAGAAGAUGGCGGAAAAGAAGGGGAGCCCGUUGUAUAAGGACGAGCUCGAGUAUUAUUUGUUCAGCCUGACGGACGAGAACCAGAAGAGCAUAGCACCCGGGGAUUUCGAGCGGCAUUGGGGGAUAUAUAGGUACGACGGGCAGCCCAAAUACCCGAUCGACUUCACUGGGAAGGGGAAUGACAGAAUGCCGGUCCCAGCCAAGAACGUGCCGUACAUGGAGCAAAAGUGGUGCGUUUUGAACGGCGACAUCAAGAAUUUGGACAAAAUGCCGGCUAACAUGAACUUUGCGUGCUCUAACGGCGACUGCACGGCUUUAGGGCCCGGAUGCUCGUGCAACGGCUUGGACAAGCAACAUCGGAUCUCAUACGCGUUCAACAACUAUUUCCAGAUAAACAAUCAAGACGUGCGCGCGUGCAAUUUUGAAGGCCUAGCCAAGAUCUCUUCGCAAAACGUAUCAACCGGGCAAUGCUUUUUCCCGAUCGCAUUACAAGAUAGCGGCGGAUGGAAACUCGGCAUGCAUGCGUGGGCCGGAGUCUUAUCGGGUGUUUUGGCCCUUUUCGUCUUGUUGUUUUAA